AUGCAGACCAAGGUUUUCGCCUUGGCGGCCACCUUUGCCUUGUCCGUGGCCGCCUCCAACGCCGAGCGUCCCAAGUUCUACUACCCUCACAAGAUCAAGCGCGAGGUGGGCGGCGUCUCCAACUCAACAAUCUCCCACACGACAACCAGCUCCACUGCCAGCACUUCUUCUAGCAGCACUACCAGCUCGACGACUUCUCAAGAUUUGGCCGACUACCUUUCCAGCCUUCUGGCGGGAGCGGGUGCUGCUCACUCAAGCACUUCAAGCACCUCGAGCACCUCGACUUCUGCUACCAGCUCGUCAGCCAUCAGCUCAUCGGCCAGCAGCUCAGCCGACAGCAGCUCUUCCGACAGCAGCUCUUCACAGGCCAGCGCUUCUCCAUCAGGCAGCGUGACGACCAUUGUUCGACAAAAGACAAUUGUCGUUACGGCGCCACCCGAGGGAGCUACCCCGACUCCUCCUCCUUCUGGAGUGUCUAGCUCGGAUUCUGCUUCUCAGUCAUCGGCUGCUUCUUCCUCGGCAGAUUCCAGCUCUGCUUCCUCAGUUGCUGCUCAGCAAUCUUCUAGCUCAGCUGCUUCCUCGUCUGCCUCGUCGUCCCAAGCUUCUAGCUCGGCUUCCGAUAGCUCGGCCUCUUCUAGCGCAGCCACCUCUUCUGGAGCCGCCUCUAGCCCUUCGGCCUCGGCCAGCUCUGACGGACUUGGUCUCAGCCUCGGCCUAGGACUUUCACUCGGAGGAAGCUCGACAAGCUCUUCUUCGGCAACCGCCAGUGCUUCGAUCCCUACAGGAACCGGCUCUUCCCCUGUGGCCUCUGCUACGCCUACUGGCUCUGCUACGCCUACUAGCUCUGCUACCCCUUCCAGCUCUGCUGAUCUGGGCCUCAGCAUUGGUCUCAGCCUUGGUGACAAAUCGACCUCUUCUGCAGCAUCCUCUUCGGCUACCGCAUCGUCCAAGGCCACUGACACCGGAAUCAUCAUCAAUCCCACUGGCGUGCUCUUCCCCUCCUCCACCAGUGUUACUGCCUCAGAGUCUGCCAGCGCCAGUGCCAGCAGCACUCCUGAUAACAGCAGCGUCUCGGGCAACUCUACCGCCGCCGAUGUCUCCGUCUCUCAGUCUCAGACCUCCUCUGGCUUACCAGUUCAGACGUCACUUUCCGGUACUGGUGCUUCGUCCACGUCAAAGGGCGGCCUUCUCCCCACCUUGUCGCUGCCCACGAUUCUGCCUACCUUGUCUUUGCCAACGACUCUGCCAACCCUGUCUCUGCCAACGACUCUGCCACCCGUGAUUCCCACUUCAUCGCCCACGGCAUCUGCAUCGGAUGUUGGCAACGCAACUUCCUCGGACGUUCCCCCCUCGACUUCCAGCUCCAUCGGCCUGAGCAUCUCGCUCCCUCUUACGCUCCCGCCAAGCUCCACAAGCUCAAGCGUAAGCUCCGAUGUCCCGGUUGGCAACUCUACUAGCAGCGAGCCUCCUGUCACUAGCCCUCCCACGAGCAUCCCCACCAGCGUUCCGGCCGGCACUACCAGUGCUCCCACCGGCUCUGUCACGGGCGUUCCUGUCAACACUACCAGCUCCGACGAGCCGACGAGCCCAGUCACCUCGCCUUCUGUCUCGGUCACUGGCUCAUCUUCCUCUGCUGUUGAGACCGGCUCCGUUGCCAACUCUACCGCCGUUACGUCUGCUCCCGCUACGUCUGCUCCUGCGACCGAAUCAACGGCCCCACCAACCAGCGUUGCACAAGCUACAUCGACCCCUGCUUCUACUCUGGUCACCGUCUCGAAAUCUUCAGCUCCGUCGGUCACUUCGCCACCUGUCCUGACAGUAUCCUCGAGCGCCGAGCCCAUUACUAGCAUCAAGCCCACCGCUACCUUGACCAACACUGCUGACUGGCUGCCAACAUCCAUUGUGAUUGAGCCCACCACAAAUGCAUGGACUUCCCCGGCCUCUACUCAAUCCGUUUCCACUGCCACCGCGCUGCCAACCAAUGUUCCCAAGAUCAUCUACCCUGAUGACCCCAACACUCCUGUUCCCGAAGGUACUGAGCCCAUCCAGAUUGGAUUCUUGUAUCCUCUCAACUACAUGUUUGUUGCCAGCAACACUGUCGCAGCUGCCCAGAUCUUCAAGUACUUGCCGCAAGCUCUUGCCAACGCAGCUGGCAUUGAUGUCGAAAAGGUCCAGGUUGCCAAACUUAUUCCUUACGAUACCCGUGCUCAGUGGGGCUAUGUGACUGCUCUGGCCGUCAUCAACUACCCCCAGAACCUCAUUGAUAAGCUUCAGCUGGACAUGUCGGUUGCCAACUCUGCCAUCUACAACAACCCCGACUCCAUUGUCCGCAGCUUGACUGGUCAAAUCAACCCCAAGAUUAGCAUCUUUGGCCAGAUCAAUGAUGCCGGUUCCGCUGGUGGCAGCUCUGGCUCCACCGGCGAUGAUGGCGGUGCUGCCCCUGCUGCUGGCUCUGGCAACGAUGCCUUUGGCACUACCAGCACGGAUAACCAGUCCUCGUCCCAAAAGGCCAAGACCGCUGGUAUUGCCAUCGGUUCCAUCAGUCUUGCUUCCCUCUACGGCGGUGCCAUGUUCAUCAUUGCCCGCCGCUACAAGCGCAAGAAGCAGUCUCACCGCCGCUCCAGCUCCAUGAGCACCGACCAGCGCUCAUCUGGCAUGCAGUACACCGGUAACGGAAGCCCUGCCCUCAUGGGUGGUGCCCUGAUGAGCCGCGACAUGAGCACUUAUGGCGGCACCGGAGUUCGCGACAGCCACAACAGCGGAACGAGCUCUGCUCGAACUGCCAACAUCUCCGCCCCCGUUGCCGCUGAGAACUCCCUUGGCUGGAACUGA